CCAAAGGACUGUACUACACCAGACGGCAAAAUUCGAGACCAAUCUCCUGCUCGAAGAUCAUCGAAGAUCUAACACGUGCCUUAUCUGUAUUUAACUAAAAGAAUUAGCCUGGAUUUAAGAUUUCAUCAAACUAUCUGCACAAAAGUAUAAAUAGUUACUUGUAUGGAAUAUUACUUCAAUGUCUAAGAAGAAACAGGUUUCCAAUUGCGAUCCUGCAUGCUUUGUAAUCACCAAACAUCAACAGCGGAUCGUUCUAUUUAAAUUAGUUUGCUAAGCAUCUCGACUCGGUACAUCAAUUUAUGGCUGCACUUAUUAAUCGCAUAAUGUCUGGGGAGAAUCAGUUUCGUACAAACGAUAUUAGAACUGAUAAUUCUCCUCUACAGAUUUUUGUCAAGGCAAAGAAGAAGAUCAAUGAUAUCUUCAUUGAAAUUAAUGAUUAUGUAGAGGAUACUACGCAAUUUAUUGGAUUAUUACGAGAGAAUAAUAAAAUUAUCGAGCCAAAAGAAAUACAGAAUGUUGAAAGUUAUAAUGCUAAAGUUCAAGGAAUCAGAGAUGUGCUUAAAAGGGAUCAUAUGAAAGUCGCCUUUUUUGGAAGAACUAGUAAUGGAAAAAGUACAGUUAUCAAUGCAAUGUUGCGUAAUAAAAUAUUACCCAGUGGUAUUGGACACACAACCAAUUGCUUUCUACAAGUCGAAGGAUCUGAAAAUGGAGAGGCCUAUCUCAUUACAGAAGUAUCGGACGUAAAGCAACCGGUACAAUCGGUAGGGCAACUUGGCCAUGCUCUGUGUAAAGAGAAAUUGUGUGAAAGUAAUUUAGUUAGAAUUUUUUGGCCAAAAGAUAAGUGCCUACUUUUGCGAGAUGACGUAGUAUUUGUCGAUAGUCCUGGUGUUGAUGUAACGCCUAAUCUUGAUGAAUGGAUCGAUAAACAUUGCCUCGAUGCUGAUGUUUUUGUCUUAGUUGCUAAUGCAGAGUCAACUCUGAUGAUAGCAGAGAAAAAUUUUUUCCACAAAGUGUCGACUAGAUUAUCGAAACCAAAUAUAUUUAUUUUAAUGAAUCGAUGGGAUGCAUCUGCCGCGGAACCAGAAUUUUACGAUGAGCAGGUCGAUGUACAAAAAGAGGUAAGAGCACAGCAUCAAGAUCGGUCCGUUGAUUUUUUGGUAAAGGAACUGAAAGUAUGUAAUCCAAAAGAUGCUGAAGAACGAGUAUUCUUUAUUUCCGCUAAAGAAACUCUCCAAGCUCGUAUUCAAGAGCAAAAAGAUCAACCAAUUCACAACGUCGCACUGGCUGAUGGAUUUCAAAAGCGCUAUUUUGAAUUUCAAGAUUUCGAGCGAAAAUUCGAAGAGUGCAUUUCCAAGUCAGCGGUGAAAACUAAAUUUGAAAAACACUCGCAGAAAGGAAAGCUCAUCGUAACUGAAAUUCGUCAAACGUUGGAUGAAAUAUUAGAUCGGACACAAAAAAUGAAAUUUGAGCAGGAAAAAAAGAAAAAGGAGGUCUAUAAUAAAAUCAAUUUUAUAGAAAAUCAGCUGGUCGCCUUAACUCAAGAAAUGAAGGAAAAAAUUCAUAGAAUCGUUGAAGAUGUUGAACAGAAAGUAUCAAAAGCCUUAAAUGAGGAAAUUCGUCGAUUAUCUGUUCUCAUUAAUGAAUUUAAUGUACCUUUUCACAUCGAGCCCCUGGCAUUAAAUAUUUAUAAAAGGGAACUUCAUGUUCACGUGGAACGUGGACUUGGAUCAAAUUUAAGAGCUCGUUUGAGCACGGCUUUAGCAUUAAAUAUUGACAAUUCGCAAAGAGAAAUGAUUGAAAAGAUGUCAGCUUUGUUGCCCGAAAAGAAACAGCAGGCGUGUUCAACUAUUUUGCCGAAAAGAGAAGCCUUUCAGGUUUUUUACCGAUUAAAUUGUGAUAAUUUAUGCGCUGAUUUUCACGAAGAUUUAGAAUUUCGUUUUUCAUGGGGACUUAAAGCUCUUAUAAAUAAGUUUGCUCGUAAACAGAAUAAAAAGCUUGCCAUAACACAUCUGCCACAAGAGAUACCUGCCAUUAUGUCUCCUACAGACAGUGUAGAUUCAUCAAAAUUUGUUUCUACACCAAAUUGCUUUCCAGCAGCUACGGACGAUUGGCCCUUAGCCACCAAAGUAGCGAUAGCAUCGAUUACUUCUCAAGGCACAAUGGGUGGUCUUUUAAUAGUAGGAUUUAUGUUAAAAACCAUUGGAUGGAGACUUAUAGCUUUGACUGGAGGAAUUUAUGGUGCUUUGUAUUUGUAUGAACGAUUAAUAUGGACAAAUAAGGCAAAGGAACAAGUAUUUAAGAAACAAUAUGUAGAACACGCAACAAAGAAAUUGAAACUCAUCGUUGAUCUUACAUCGUCUAAUUGUAGCUAUCAAGUUCAACAGGAGUUGUUGAGUACAUUUGCACGAUUAUGUCAUUUCGUUGAUGAAACCGUUUCUGAAAUGGAUAAAGAAACGCAAAAAAUUAAUGCAACACUUCAUAGCUUAGAAGAAGCAGGUACAAAAGCCAAAGUUCUAAGAAAUAAGGCAAAUUAUUUAGCAAAUGAAUUGGAUCUUUUUGAUUCAGCAUACUUGAAAUCUUUAAUUUAAUCC